AUGAGGUUCUUCACCCUCGCCGCCGCUCUUACCUCUGUGGCUACUGCUGCUCCCUCUGCUGCCCGCUCUGCCCUUGACGUCAAGAUUGAAUCGGCUGGUAACUCUGGUCAGGUCAAGGCCACCAUUACCAACACUGGCAAGGACAACCUCCAGAUUUUCAGGCAUGGCACCAUCUUUGAUGAUGCCCACACCGAAAAGGCUGCCAUUGAGGCCAACGAAGAUCGAUGCUGGCUGGCCAGUCCGUCGAGCCGCGUCCUCGGCUACACUCAGCCCUCACGCAGCCUCCAGGUCUACUGCGACCUCUAUUGGGACGACCUCCCCGCCAUUACUAGCGGCUGCCACCGUCAGGACCAGUCCACUACCACCCUCCACGAGACCGCCCAUCUGCGCGAGAUCGCCGGCACCGCGGAUAAUUGCUACGGCUACGACAACAUUCGCAAGCUGACCACGGCGCAGAGCCUGUACAACGCUGACAGCUACGAUAUGUUUGCCAGCGCCAUAUACUCUGGCUGCUAA